AUGGUCCGCGCCGCCCUCAACAGCCUUCUGGCUCUCUCGCUCGCCUCCGCAGCAUUCGCCCAUCCUUUCAUUGAAACUGCAUCUGCCAACUACACCGCUCGUCCCACCAAGCGCCCAGAUGUUACGGAUAUAGCCAGUCAGAACGCCGAGGUCGACGCACCCACCCGGAAUGGACUUGGCGGCGAUGAUAUUAUCAUGGACAUCCUGGAGUUCUGUCGCCUUUCUAUGGCGGGAAACUACUCAGAAAUCUGCGGGACCCUGAGCGGGCUUCCCGCUUCACCUGGGGCCGAGACACGAGCCGAGCCCCGCAUCACGGACGGCGUUGUUUGGGGUGGCAAGCCCGGAGUCCAGCCCCGGAUCAGUUCUCCUUCAGGGCCCACUACGAUGCCCGGGGAUCCAGACUGGAUUCCUUUCGAACCGCAGAUCACAGUGACCGUCGUCAACACCGAAGACCCAAUUUCAACUGCCUUCGUCCCAGACCCGACAGUGACCGUUUGCAAGGCCGUCAAGCCAGUCCUCCCCGCGCCGACCAACCACGACGGCACCCUGACGCGCUACGUUUGGACCGCGACUGUCACGGAGUCGGUGAGGCAUUGGUGCCCGACCUACUGCGGACCCUCCCUUGCCCUGGAGACUUUCAGGGUCGGGGGGCAGGGACCCGUGGCAGUGCGCCCAACCACCACCAUCACCAUUCUCGCGGAGAGAACGGCGACCGUGGCCGGGUGCCCUUGGUCUUCCUUAGCGGCCCGGCCAGGCGGAACAGGGACCCACACCACCACCCACACCGUCACAUCCACCAUCCCCUUGGCCGGCUCCUGGUUCCUGACGCUUAGCAUUCCGGCGGGACGUUGA